UCGUUUUCAUCCAUCCAUUCGUUUUCUUCCUGGUUGAGGUCCAAGCCUUCACCAUCCUCACCGAACUGAAGCGCUCCCACUAUCUUCCUUAAUACUGUUACGCUCGUACUUUGCGUGCCCGAGAAAUAUUUUACAGCUUCUGCGGAGCUCAGAAUAUGGGGAUUGGGCGCCUGUGGAGCUACGUGUGCAGGGAUGGGCCGUCCGGAUUUGGAGCCUGUUCUACUGCAGAGCAAGUGACAGCGGGAAUUGAUGCCUCGAACCUCACCGCCAUUGUUACUGGAGCCACCAGUGGCAUUGGAAGAGAGACGGCAAGGGUCCUUGCUCUCAGAGGGGCGACAGUCAUCAUCCCCACGAGGAACCGGGAGAGUGGGCUCAAAGUGAAGGACAGCAUUCUCGAACAAGUGCCCAAUGCAAAGCUCGAUGUCAUGGAGAUCGACUUGGGCAGCCUCAGCUCGGUCAGAUCCUUCGUCACUACUUUCCUCGAUUCCAAUUACCCUCUCAACCUUCUCAUAAAUAAUGCAGCAAUCAUGGCCUGUCCCUUCCAACUUUCCAAAGAUGGGAUAGAGUUGCAGUUCGCCACCAAUCAUAUUGGGCAUUUCCUGCUGACAAACCUUUUGUUGGACAAGAUGAAGGCGACAGCCAAAGAGAGCGGAAUAGAAGGGAGGGUAGUGAACGUUGGCUCACUUUCCCAUAGAAGAACAUACAGCUCCGGCAUCCGGUUUGACAAGAUCAACAGUCCUUCUGGGUAUGCACCUUAUGCAUCUUAUGGCCAGUCCAAGCUUGCCAACAUCCUUCAUGCUAAAGAAUUAGGUAGAAGGCUGCAGGAGGAAGGGAUGAACGUGACGGCCAACUCUUUGCACCCUGGAGUUAUACCGACAAAUAUAACGCGCUACAUCAAGCCUAUAGGUACUUUUCUGUCCUUGUUGCAGGUCUUCUUGAAGGACGUCCAACAGGGAGCAGCAACCACCUGCUAUGUUGCUCUACAUCCAAAAGUGAAAGGGGUCUCUGGGAAAUACUUCAGCGACUGCAACGAGAGCCAUCCAACACCAUAUGGAGCUGAUGCUGAUUUAGCUAAGAAGCUAUGGGAAUUCAGUGAGGAAAUGGUGAAGACAAAACUAGGAUCACAGUAGUUACUGAUCGAUCAUCAUCUGCAAUCCAAGCAUUCAGGGAACUACAACUCAGCUCCUUUUCCAUUGCUUUCGUUGGUGUUGUUUCGCUGUCUACCCGCCUGCAGCAUCAUUCUUGCUAGGCGGCCUAAGAAAAAAGGGCCAUGAACUCUACCAAUUGUUCUUGAAUUGAACGUUGUCUUGGCACUUGAUUAGCUCAUACUACUUGCUUUAUGAAUCAGUAUUAAGGAAAGCUAAUGUUCGUUUGGA